CACUUUCGUUUUUUUCUUUCUUUCAGUCUCUCAAGUCUGAAGCCGCAACCGCCGUUCUUUCAUUAACUAUCAACCCAAACUAGCUUUUUGAAGCUGAUGAUGUCGUUCGCUUGAAUGUGCUGUCGUUUCUUGUAAUUCCAUUUUAAUUUUCCAUAAAUUAAUUUAAUUUUACUUAGACCGAAGUGUAGACUGUAGACAGUAAACCUUCGGAGCCGGAGCCCAAAAAUGCUGAAGUUCCUAUCAAAAGUGAGGAUCGAAUUCAAUGCUUUGGACCCUCGCACAGCCUCGUGCUUGGAGUUUCUGGCGCAGUGCAAUGCCCGCAAGGCCAAGGAGUCCAACCCCGCUUGUCAGGUUCUUGUCAAGCGCCGUACCGACGAUGAGCCACCGAAGAUCGCCGUAACCUUCGUUAAUGGUGUCGAGGAGGUCUUUGAUGCCACUUCCACGCCAGCCCAGAACAUUAGGAACAUGAUUCUCGAAAAGGGUCAGCACCUCGAGACCGAGCAGAUGUUCCGCGAAGCAGGGGAGUCCUGGCCCGUUAUCAUCCCUGAGGAAGAGAUUCGUCAAUACGCCCCCGGAACCAAGCCAAGGAAAGCAGAAGAAAAGAAGCAAUAAUUGUAGUUUUGGGAUGAUGAGAAGAGGGGUUUGGUAUUAGUCAAUGAGAUUGGAUUAUAUUAUAUAUCAUGCUUGUAGAAUUGAACCUUGUUCCCUCUUCAAGUUAUAGACAAAUAAAACUGAUUGAAAGGCAAAAGAGCUGAAGUUUUUUCUUUUUUGGUU